AUGAACAAUUACAUAAAGCUAGCCGUGAUUCUCUCCAUUGCCCUUUUGGCCGGCUUGGGGACGGCCCAAUCCAGCGACUGCACAAACGUCCUCAUCAGCAUGUCCCCGUGCCUCAACUACAUCUCCGGAAACUCCUCCUCCCCCUCCUCCGGCUGCUGCUCACAGCUGUGCACGGUGGUGGGAUCCCAGCCACAGUGUUUGUGCGAGGUUCUCAACGGCGGCGGCUCCAACCUCGGCCUCAACAUCAACCAAACCCAAGCCUUGGCCUUGCCCGGCGCAUGCAAUGUCCAAACUCCCCCUCUCACCCAAUGCAAUGCUGCUUCUCCGGCCGGGUCUCCUGGAUCAGCAUCGGAGUCUCCCAAUACCGGCUCAGGGGAUGGAUCUAAGACAGUGCCAAAUGGUGGUGGUGAUGGUUCCUCAGCUGCAACUUCAAAUAAGUUGGGUGCUACACUGCUGUUUUGCCUUUUCUUCAUAGCCUCCAUGGCUUGAUUUCAUCCUCUACUUAUA